GUGUGUGUGUGUGUGUGUGUGUAGGCAUACAUGGUUUACAAGACCAAUUUUCAGGUUUACUCACCAGCAUUACGAGACCAAUCGGGUUACGGAACCGAUUUUGAUGGUCUCGUAAACAUAAAUCUUUUUGAUGCUAUAACUAUUGAAUAUUAAUUAUAUAAGGCAUUAUGAAUACAUGUGUGAUUACAUAGAUUCUAGUGCUAACAGUUAAUAUAGUUGUUUUACAGUAAUGGCCAACCCCCUGCCUUUCUGAGGUUCAUACAUAUUGGUCUCACAAGGCAGGAUGGGUUUGUGAGACCAAGACGUGUGUGUCCAACAGCGCCCCCAGAGGCUGCAAGAGACAUUGCAAGUUAUACACGUUUCCGCGAAAAUACACACAAUGACGCGCCAAUUUUACACACAACGCGGGAAAUUCAGCGGGCUUGCAGUGUGGACAUGCCGGGAAGACAGGGAUGAACUUCGAAAAUGAGGCGAGGCAGACUAGACCCCAUUUGUGAUGCACAAAAUCACGUAAGACUGCAGAAGGAGAAAGCGUUGUGUGUCUGGAGAUACAUCAACCCCAUCAAAGGAAGAGGUGUGUUUGCAUUGGAGCCCAUUCAUAAAGGUUCAUUCGUUUUGGAGUACAGAGGAGUUUUGAAGACGACUGAUAAGACUACAGCGUGGAAUGAGUAUACAUACGUCUUCAAACACAAAGGAACGGAACAUUGCAUUGAUGCUUCAAGUGAAGAUGGGACACUUGGCAGACUCGUGAAUGAUGCUGAAAAACCAAAUGCAAAAAUGAAAAAAAUAGAGGUGGAUGGUGUACCCAGUCUGUGUUUGUUUGCCAUUGUUGACAUUGAGGAAGGGCAAGAAAUAACCUAUGACUACGGAGGAGAAAACCUGCCAUGGCGUUCUUCCCAAAGGCAUCAAAUAUCCAAGCCUAUGGCUCCAAGUACAGUAGAGAAACCUGUUCUCCACACACCAGUCGUCUCUCCAUCUACAGGCGACAUACCAUUCCUUUCCUCCACUGUGCUCCCUGAAGAGAAUAAAAGUGACUUCAGUGAAGAGGAGCUAUCGGAUGAUGUAUCUGAUCCAGAAUACGUUCCAGGCUCAGAAAGUGACACAGAGGAUGAGGAACCAAUAAACAGCUUGGCAAACCCAACAUUACAGGUCGCUGAAGAAUCACUAAUGGAUACCUCUAUGAACUGUAAUGUCACAGAUGACACCCCUAACACUGGACAAUCUUGCACCAACACAGUACCUUCAACCAGUGUUGUAAAAGCAGGACAAAAUUUCUGCUUCAUUUGCAAGGAUUUUCAUUUCAAAAUAGCGCGGCAUUAUAAAACUCACAUAAAAGAGAAUUCUGAUGUUGCAUAUGCCCUUAGUCUCCCAGCAAGCUCAACAACUAGGAAGAAGCUUCUAGAGAAUCUUCGCAACAGGGGAAACUUUGAGUAUAACAGAGAUGUGCUGAAAAAAGGAAGUGGUCAGCUCAAAGUGAAGCGCAGAGCCAAGAAGGUUGAAUGCAAAAAAUAUGAAUAUUGUAUCCAUUGUAAGGGUAUGUUUUUGCGACCAGAACUAUGGAGACAUAUGAAAAGGUGCUCCUCCAAACCAGAGGAACAGGAUCAUCAAGGAAGAAAAAGAGUGCUCGGCCUAGCAUCUGCAAUCCAGUCAGCAUGUUCAAGCACAGUUGAUGAUGGGGUGCUUAAAAUGUUAAGCCAUAUGCAUGACGAUGUCAUUGCAAGUGUUAUUCGUAAUGACUUCUGCCUUCUUCGGUAUGCUGACACCCUUUUCGCAAAACAUGGACAUGACCCUUCAAAACAUGACUAUAUCCGCCAAAAAAUCCGUCAGCUGGGAAGAUUCCUGCAAACCAUUCGCAAAAGGUCUUUAAUCCUAACCUUAGAGGAUGCCAUAAAACCAGGUAAUUUCAUGGAAGUAAUUGAAGCAGUAAAAGAAACAGCAGGAUUUGAUAAAGAAAAGAACUGUUACAAAACUCCAAGCCUUGCACUUAAAAUUGGACACUCACUGUUGAAAGUGAGUGACAUCAUUCAUUGUCAUGCUCUUAUGGCUGGAGAUGACAACUUGAUUAAAUCCUCAAAGGCGUUUCAGAAGCUUUAUACUGCAAAGUGGUCGGAGUACAUAUCCCACUGUGCCUUAAGCACCAUUAGUGACCUGAAAUAUAACAAAACAGCCAAAUUACCGCUCACUGAUGAUGUAACGAAAUUUAACAAGCAUCUUGACAAAACUGUUGAAUCAGCAACUGCUGCAUUAAAGAAGGAGACAACAGUGCAGAACUACUCCAGCCUUGCAAAAGCCGCAUUGACCAAGAUUGUCCUUUUCAAUAGAAGACGUGUUGGGGAGGUCUCAAAGAUGAAACUGAGACACUUUCUGGAAAGAAACAAAGAAACAAACACCCUUGAUGAAUUGGGGCUGUCAGAGUGUGAAAAGAAACUCUGCAACUAUUUUGAGCGUGUUGAACUAAAAGGAAAAAGGGAUAGAAAGGUAGCAGUGCUGCUGACACCUAAGAUGGUAAAUGGACUCAACAUUAUGAUUGAGAAGAGGAAAGAAUGUGGUGUCCCAGACCAAAAUGAAUACUUGUUUGCUGUACCAAAUUGUCUGACUUACUACAGAGGACAUCAGUGUCUCAGACAGCUCGCAGAUGAGUGUGGUGCCAAGAGGCCAGAGUAUCUACGAUCAACUCAACUGCGCAAAGACAUAGCGACCACAUCACAAAUCCUGAACUUGAAGAGCAAUGAACUAGAUCAGCUUGCUGAUUUUAUGGGGCACGAUAUAUCAGUACAUAGACAGUUCUACCGUCUGUCAGAGCCUACCAUACAGAGUGCCAAAAUUUCCAAGUUGCUCCUUGCACUGGAAAAGGGAAAGAUGCAUGAGCUUAAAGGAAAAUCUCUUGACGAAAUUGAAGAUGUCACAGAUGAUGAUGAUGAGAGUGAGGAGGAACAAACAUUCACAACAAACAUUCACAACAAAGCAGAGGUAGAUUGUCCUCGUGAACUGAACGACAUGGACACUCCUGAUGCAGAUGGACUCCCUCCUGUACAUAAUGUACGCAAAGACAAGACACGAAGACCAUGGACCAAAGCAGAAGAAAAAGCUGUGCUGAGACAUUUCAAGUCUCACAUAAUUAAAGGUCAUUUAGCAUCAAAGAAGGAGUGUGUGGUUUGCAAAGAAUGUGAACAGCCAGCACUGAAAAAUAGAACAUGCCAAAACAUUAGAGACUUUGUGAGAAACAAGGGGCUGACUUUUAAGCGCCAAAACCGCCACCCACACUAAAAAACAAUAUGUGUGCAGCCAGCGUUGUGACGAUAAACAAAAAAUAAUUUUCAAAUAAUAAUCGUUAUAUUAUACAUUAUAUAUUAUUAAGUGUAAUUUUUUAAAAUGUUUUUCUGGGAAGUUGCCGGUAACAUCUGGCGGGGGGACAGCCAAUGUAAAUCAGCCUCUGGCUGCAAUUGGGGUGCAAUAAUGUUGUUUUUUUUCCAAUAUGUUCAAUGUUGCACAUUGUCCCUUUGAAAUAAAUGAAUUGAAAUUGAAAUCUCCUAAUUGUGAAAGUUAAUGUUCUCAAGAAUAGUUACAUCAAUAUGCAAUGCUACACAAAAAAUUUAAGGCUUCAAAUAGCCCGUGAUCAGUAUCGGUUAUCGGCCCAAAAAAUCCUGAUAGGAUCACCUCUAACGUCGACUACAUUUUUAUGGGUGAGUAAGGCUCCAAUACAACAACUGGUGCAUUUGCACUCCAUUUUUUGUGUUGUCUUUUUAGACUAUAUCUAUGGUGUCAUACAACAGCUUGUGUUUGUCAAGUUUCUUACUCUUCCUUAACAUGCCAAACUUGAAAGGCCUAGAAAAAAACAGAUUACGUGCAGGAAACUCAGUUCAUUUUCUUUCUUUUCUGAAUUUAUUCACUCAGAAUUGUCUAUUUCAGGUUGAUAACCUCAACCAAUCAAAAGCAUUAUCAGCUUCUAAAAACAAUUAGAAACAAUAUUAAACAAUCCAUUAAAAAAAGCACGAUUAUCGUUACUUUACGUGCUGUUAGAGAUUUUAAUCAUGCAGCCCCAUACAUCAGUGGAGAGAGUAGACAUGAGUCCAGGAUGUCUUGCGUUGAAAAUGUUUAUUUACUUGAUCAAGGAGAAGUGAAUGAAUGAUCAGUACACAUUAAGUUCUGAUGCUCCUUUCAAUUCUAAAGUGUGUGUCCUCUGGGGAAACCAAACAGAUAAUGCCAAAAGUUUGAGACAUGCCCAAAUAUGGGCAGAUCCAACACAUCUACAAUAUACAGAAUUUACUAUACCGGUCCAUAGACAAAACUUUGCUUAGAUGCCCGUCAGGACCUUUGUCCUCCAUCCAACAUAAUAUCAAACCUCUGACUCCAGUAACCAUUACCUCAUUUAGGGAAAACAGUCAAUCACAUAUCUGGCCUUGGCUGCUCACAUUGAAAAAGUAAUGGUUGACAUUCAGUCAUUAAUUUGUCAUCCAAUUAUUAAUCUAACUCAAAAAGUUUUGUUAUUUUGGCUAAAAAUUUCAUAACAAAUUAAAGACCACUGAGAAUGAAAAUAACUAAAAAUGAGGAUUGUAGUGGGUCUUUAAAAAGGUUUUUAAGAGAUUAAAUAUAGUACUGCAUUAUUAUAGGUCUUGUAAUGUUGGUCAGUCCUCUUAUACCGUUACCUGGUUUGUGUGUGUGUGUAAUAUGUAAACAGACCUCAUAAACACUGUUGGUUUCACAAACCACCAUUUGUGUGACCCCGUAAGCCUGUGAUAUGUCACAUAUUUUUCUAAAAGAAAAAAUAUGAUUUUGAAGUCAGAUUUGUGUUCUGCAUGUAAAACAAAAUUUUUUGAUAUGUC